AUGACAGUCUAUCACAUCGUCCUCUUCCGCCUCAAGCAAGGCGUGACAUCCGCUCAACUCUCCGCCUGGAAGAACACCAGCCAGGGGAUGGUAGGCAAGAUCCCCGGCCUGAUCUCAAUUCACGCAAAUUCGCCAUUACCCAUUUCGGUGCCCCGGGCUAAGGGGUUUGAUUUUGGGCUUGUGGCAAUUUUGGAGUCGCCGGAGCAUGUGGAGGGGUACUCGAAACACCCGGUGCAUUUAGAGUGA